UCCCUCACGGUCGAAUGACAGGCGCCCGGACCUAUGACCGACCCUCCGCGUCCGCAGCCCCCGUUAUUGGCAGACUUGAGGCCAAUGCCGUGCCGCUGAGAGCAGUGUGCGCAGAAACACGGGCAGAGAGGAGCUUUUCUCUGCGGGAGAAGUUGGCUGGAGGUGGCGAAGAUGGCGGAUGGAGACAGCGGGAGCGAGCGCGGCGGUAGCGGAGGAGGAGGCGGUGGCGGUGGCGGUGGCGGGGGCUUCCAGCACUUUCAGCGGGAGCAGGAGACACAGGAGCUGGCGUCCAAGCGCCUGGACAUCCAGAACAAGCGCUUCUACCUGGACGUCAAGCAGAACUCGAAGGGUCGGUUCAUUAAGAUAGCGGAGGUGGGCGCCGGGGGCUCCAAGAGCCGCCUGACCCUGUCCAUGUCCGUGGCGGCGGAGUUCCGCGACUACCUCGGGGAUUUCAUCGAGCAUUACGCUCAGCUGGGGCCCAGCAGCCCGGAGCAGAUCGCGCAGUCGUCCGGCGCUGGUGAAGACGGCGGGCCGCGGCGCGCGCUCAAGAGCGAGUUCUUGGUCCGGGAGAACCGCAAAUACUACCUCGACCUGAAAGAGAACCAGCGCGGGAGGUUUCUGCGGAUCCGCCAGACCGUCAACCGUGGCCCAGGCUUUGGGGUCGGCGGAGGCCCCGGGGGCGGCGUGCAGGCCGGCCAGACCAUCGCGCUCCCGGCGCAGGGCUUAAUCGAGUUCCGGGACGCGCUCGCCAAGCUCAUCGACGACUACGGCGGGGAAGACGACGAGCUGAGCGGCGGGCCCGGUGCCGCUGGGGGCUACGGAGAGCUUCCCGAGGGCACGUCCAUCAUGGUGGACUCCAAGAGGUUCUUCUUCGACGUCGGCUCCAACAAAUACGGGGUGUUCCUGAGGGUCAGCGAGGUCAAGCCCAGUUACAGGAACUCCAUCACGAUCCCCUUCAAGGCCUGGGGUAAGUUCGGAGGAGCUUUCUGUCGUUACGCGGAGGAGAUGAAGGAGAUCCAGGAGAGACACCGGGAUAAGAUGUACGAGAGGAGAGAGGAGUCGGAGGGCGACGAUGUGGACGAUGACUGAUGAAGUGAUGAUGAAACAAGAAGUUGCAUGAACUCGACUAGCCCGUUAAAAUGUUGUGGCAAACUAUUCAUUUGAAAGAGAAAUAGAUAUGUAAAGUGUGAAUGUGCUAAGGGUUGGGGGGUUUCAUUGGAGAAUAUUGGGGGUUCGAUUUAUUCCUGUGCUGCCCUGUCCUGUCAAACCAGCAAGUUUAUUAGUCUCGACCGACAAUUACACCUUUAAUACAUCUCGAGAAACAGACUGAAAGGGUGUUAGUGAUAAUUAGAUGAUAUUUAAAAGAUAUAUAAAAUAUAUAUAGUGUCACAGGUCUUCAUGGUGUGUGUUUUCUGCCAAGGCAGUACGGGACUCCAAAUGUUAUCCAAGCGUGCAUCAGAAGAACUUCAUAAUCAUGUCGUAUAAUUGUGUUCUCUGAUUGUGUUUUAUUUUGUGUUUUAUAGACGGAUAUUCAUGGGUCCGUUAAGUUAUUUUUUUUCUUUCAUUAGGACUCAAUUGACAAGCCAUGUGUCCAUCUUCUGUGGUUUAGAAAUGUUUUAAAUUCAGAUUUGAAAAGUUUGUCCCCUCAUUUGUUUUGUCAGCAAAGAGUUUUUAAAAAAUGAAGUCUGAAUCUGUCAGGCGGGGUCUUCCAUAAAGAUCAUUAUUGUUCUGUAGACACGAGUAGAAUGGAAGUGAACACUUUUCCAGUGUUAUGAAUUAUAAACGUUAUGGCUGUAAGCUUCCCUGUGAGAUCUUCCGGUGACGACGUACAACAGAGUUUUGUCUUUUUCUUGACUUGGGUCCAAAUCUGUAUGCCCUUGUUUGAUUUCAGAAUGAAUAUUUAAGAGUUAUAGAAGUAUAGUGUUAAACACUCCAUAUUAAUAUUAUAUAGAGGGCAGCGUUACAUGGCUGAGUGUGUUUUCAGACUUUUCCCCUUGUUGUGUGUGUGUGUUUUUUUUUUUUUUUUUUUUUUUUAACGCAAGCUUGUUCUUUAUGAGAGAAUACAUAACACACCAGCAUAUUUUUGAAUACGCAAAGUUAUAUAUCAGAAUUAUUAAAGCUCAAGAAGCUAGUUUUGUAAAAAAGUCAGCUGGGGUUGAAUAAUUGUCCAUUGUAUUUGUGUUGUGAAAAGAUAUGGCAGAUUUAAAAAUCUGCAUCUUCACAUUGGCAAUGAGUCAUAAACUCAGUUUACAUCGAUUCGUGUUUUAUUGUAUUAUUUUGCAGUUAAUAAGUCUUCAGUGGUCCUUAAGCAAAUGUUUCUGCACGCCCGUCCUGCAUUUUCCAUUUAAUUUAUUGCUUUCUCUUGCAUUGUUGCUCAACAAAACCAAUGCUCAACAUUAAUUUUAGCCUUUCACCAAACUUGAAAUAACUUAAGUGGUCCAGUGGGUCGUGAUGGAGAUUGUUACGGACAUUUCUUCUGUGCACUUUAGCAAGAACAGAAGCGUUGUGGGUCAGUGUAAAGCUGAUCUGGUCGGACUCAAGAGCAGAGAUUCAAACAUCAUUUUUAGGAGCACCAGUGUUUUGUGCUGAUGUGUGAGGAUUCUGUGUUUGCUGUCAGCUCUGUGUGUGUUCCUGUGGUUUAUCGUCUAAAAAGUCUGGUUUUAGCACCGUCUAUCCGUUGGUAGCAAAUGCCAGUAUCCUUAUUUGUGGCCCGAUCCAGACUGGUUUUCUGCACUGGCAGCAGCUGUCUUUCUGCCACAACGAGCUGACUUAGCAUGCCGGCUAUUUUAAUGUGAGAAGCGUGAAGAGCAUUCCUGCCCCGCUGGCCGUGGAUUGAUUCAGCUGUGGAUUUAACUCUGUGUUCGUGGAGACACAAGAGCUCGAUUGUUUUCAACGCUCUACUACAAAUGUUAUUACAUCAGCAGAGCUUUUUCACUGAGAUGGACACACGCCGCUGCAGCCGAGCAGAAGUAGAGAACAUCUGUUUGAUGAGAUAGGAAUUCAAAGUUACUGAAGUGCUUUGGCUGUGCUGGUUGUGUUACGGUAAUGUGUCCCGAUUUGGCAGCCAUGGUUGAUCAAGUGACAAGUGAAAGCAUGACACAGCAGCUGUUGGCAGGACAUUCUUGCGUCCCUCCCCCAAACUGCUGUUCAUGUUCCCUCACUACAUUGAGCGUUUGUACUGGAGCUUUACAACACAAUGGAUUUGUGCUUCUUUAGCACUUGUGACUUCAAAGAGAGAUUUCCAGCACGAGAAUUCUUUAUCAUUUAUUCAUCUUCAUGUCAAACCCGUAUGCGUUUCUUUCCUCAGAAGUCUAAGGAAGAUAUUUUGAAGAAUGUUGAUAACCAAACAACAUCGAACCACAUUGAUCUCCAAUGUACUAUGUACAUAAAACCAUGGAGACAUUUCUCAAAAUAUCUUCCUUUUGGUGAGUCACAAACGGGUUAACAACCACAUGAGAGUGAAUAAACACAAUUUUGGGGUGAAUUAUUCCUUUAAUGGCAGGUCUAAAUCAAUAACAUCUUCAUCAGUCACGUCUGCAGUGUUUACUUUUAUAAGCUAAAUUCAUAGAGACACAAGAACAAAGAUGAUUUUUGCUUUGACAGGUUCUUUACAAUAAGCCAUGUGCCCUCAUUCUGAGUGGUUUCUUCACUUUAAUGUACAUAACGCCGUUAAAUCCUCUCUAUAUAGGCCGCUCAAUGUUGGGACGGAGUAGAAUAUCACAGCACUUUUAAACCAACCCGUCCAUUUAAAAUGGGCACAAACGGUCAAGCGUAAGCUUUUGCUAUCAUUCUAUAGGACUGAACUUGGCUGUGUUGAUUUCAGAUGUAUUUUGUGAGUAAAGAUAUAUAAAUAUAGAAUAUGUGCUGUAAAGCGUCGUGUUUUGUUUCCGCCUUAUUAUCGCUAAGAAACCAGGGAUAGGAAGCACUUUUCAUCCAGAGGCAUGGGAUGAUGAGGUCAUUUCCUGACCGAUCGGUCUUCCUGUUUCCUGCGGUUGGUAUUUCUGCAAAGUUCCGUGGGGUGUCGCCAUGUGUCCAAGCGCUCUGUACCGAACUCUUGGAGAACUUUGGGAAGAAUGUUGCGUUGUUUCAGGCGAUGCACCCGAGCUCUUUACAGCAUCCAUGUUCAAACCAGUUUAUUCAACCCCAAUCGAAUGCAAAAGCGCAGUCUUUCACUGAUCAAUCUUUUUUAAAAGGUAGCAAUUUUUCCAAUAUAUUUUAUGUUUUCGGCAGAGAUUUUAAUGUCGGAAUGCCUUCGUCUGGUUUCAACUCAGGUUCUUGGCAUUCUCACAGCAUAUAUAUAUUUGUUCAGUUCAUUUUCGAUCUGUUCCUUAAUACUGACAUUUAAAACGGAGAGAGAGAGAGAUCACAGAAGAUUUCACGGCCACUGCAGGACACUGUCAAGAGCUCAGGUCUCAGAUACUCAAAGUAUCUCCAACCCAUCCCAUCAAGCCCCGCCCACAUGUCAGACUGGAUCCAUAAGAACGGGCAGUCUUCCAUUUCAACCAUGGCUUCACCAUUUGUUUUGGCUUUUCAUUUUUUUGGAGAUUUACAAGUCUAUAUUUAGAAAAUGCUAUGUAUGUUUGUAACAGAAUAAAGGAAAUUAUAAAUGAUGGCAAGCACUUUA